AUGAGCACUGUUUGUGUUGAGACUGUUUCUGCUACGCAGCAGGAACCAAAAGAACAGGAGCAGGAGAAAGUUGCUUUCAGACUUCCAGAUGGUAAGACUGAAUUGAAUAUCGAAACGACUGUGACGAAUCCGUCCGUCGCGUACGAGGUUCACCAUGCUGGAAAUAUCAUGUCUCGCUGGGUGAUGGACGGAACGACAGCGAGGGUAUCACCCGCCAUGGUCAAUGAGGACGUAGCAGCAUAUGACAGUUUGUUAUGGUUUGAGACGGCAAAUACAAACGCAUCGUCAAUUGCGUUUGGCGAAGCAGCGGAUCAGAACGAGCUUACUUUGCUCUGGACUUCAGUGUAUGCUCUAUGGCUACACCCGCAGUGGAGGGAGAAGGACCAGCUGGCCAUCGUUGUGAACAACAAGCGACUCGCGUCGUAUCUCAGAUGUACAGGACUUGGAAUGAUAUCUCCUUUCUCUCCAGAGAAGUCGACUACAACAGAGGUUCCCGGUAACGCCAUCUUUUGGAUUCCCCGUGAAUCAUUUUGGCAAGCUGCUGGAGCUCCAGAAUCCCAGAGUUGGCUCCGUAGCCGACCUGAGACUUCGGAGUUUCCCGGAUUCAAUGGUACCAACGGGACCUUUCCCAGUCAAUUGGGCUUCACUCGCCAGGGAAAUGUUUGCUCUGUUCAUCCAGUGCGGCCCCCAAAGCCCGCCCCUGGAACCCUUCUAUACUCUCGUUAUAUUGUUGAACUUGGCGAACAACUACGCAUCUACCAUAUCGACGCGAAUAACCCCGUGCACUUUCGAUCCUACGCGAAUUGGCAGAACUCGGAUCGCGUAAACACCGGAUGGAAUGAACGAGGCCCCGAUGAGCAUCACCGCAACUACCUGGCGUCGCAGCUAGCCGAUCCGCAUACAAUGUCCUGCGUCUUCGAAUGGGAUGGAGAGCUUGCUGGUUAUACCGAGAUUGGCUUUGCCAUGGAAGAUAACGCUUCUUGCUUCAUUGGUUCCAACUACAACAUCACUGUUGGUGAGCACGAUCAAAACACACAUUUCCUGGUCGGUGAGGAGAAGUUCCGUGGGGGGAAGCGUUACCAGGCUGCGUAUGGUUCCAUUAAGCAUCUUGCCUUUCUACGAGACCCGCGUACGAAGCAAAUAAUUGGUGAACCUCGGUAUAAUCAGGCCAACAUUCACAUUCAAUCGCGGUUCAUUCCGCUCGAGAAGAAGAAGCGCUUCCAUCUGCCGCACAAAACGUCCAUGUUGAUAUCCUUGCAGAGGGACCGAUUCUUCCAGGAGGGUCACUUUUUAUAA